AUGGUACAUCUGGUGAUAUUGAAAGCCGUGGUGGAGGAGCAAAUCGAACGGUAUGGUUUUGGGCCUAUUUUGAAUCUUAUUGUCGUGGACCUUAGAUUCUCGUUGGAGUUGGUGAUAUCUCUGAAGCGGAGAGUUAAUGAGGAAAUUAAAUCGAUUUCGGAGCGACUUGAAUCAUCUCUUGAAAAACUAUCUGCUGUUCCGGAGAGUUUUAGAGAAAUCGCAGAAUGUGAAAAUGAGGUUGGGAAGCUGUCCGAAGAAUUACCGAGUAUAAGAAAACAUUUGGACGGUUUGAGCGAGAGGGCGGUCUUGAUCGAGUCGACAGGCGGGGGAGUGGUAGUAGGUCUUGAAAGGCUGCGAGAAUUAUGUGGCGCGGUGACGGUUAAAGUAGAGGGUCUUGGAUCUAUCGUAGAGGAUUCUCGAGAGAAGUUAAAGCAGCGGAUGGGCGGAAGAAUUGAUGAAUUGGAAGAAAUGGCUGAGAGAUACGCAUCGAGAUGGAAGGCGUUGAAACCGGUAGUAGCAGUGGAAGAUUCACCGUUUGGGGAGAGUGUUGUUGCGGCGGAAAAACAAAUGGGAGAAUGGCAAAAUGACUUUGCCGAGAUUCGAACCUUUGCGGAUACUCUUCGAAAUGAUUGCGAGGAGUUUGGUAUGCCUCUGCCAGAAGUUGAGGUGUAUGAUUCUCUUGAACGAGAGAUAUCCAAGGCUGUUUUAUCGUGGGAAAAUUUCUCCGAGUUCCGGACGAUUUUACACGGUUUGGGUGGAGAACUAUGGCUUGAUUUUCGUCCGAGGAUUAUAAGACUUGGGGAGUUGAUUGACAAAUGGCGGGGAAAAACUAAAUCGUCGGCGUGGUCGUCGGGUGAUCGAUCCACUUCGGUGGAGUUGUUGUUGAUGAAGUAUUUUGGAGAGCUCGAGGAGGCUUAUCCCGUUAUAAAGGCCUGUAUGGGAGGAGAGGCGUUUGAGAAAGAGCACUGGAAAAUACUUUUUUCUCUCAUUGGAUUGCCGAGGGAUACGAAAUUAGAGAAUUUGAUGGUUUCAGCGAUAAUUGGGAAUUGCAGAAGUAUUUUGGAAAACGAAUCGGCGAUUAGGAAUUUGGCGGCGCGCGCGGUUGGUGAGAUCACUCUGAGGGAGGCGAUCUCCGAGCUGACCUCGUGGUUUGAGGCGACCCCACUUGAAGUGUCUGAGUAUCGGACUUGCGAUGGUGAGAGUAUUUUCAUUAUUGGAGAAUGGCAAGAAUUGUUAAGUGGACUUAGUGAGCAGCAGAGUUUGUGCGCUUCCCUGAAAGAUUCGAAAUUUUUCGGACCGUUUAGAGAUCAGGCGGAAAGGGUGGAGGAGAAAUUGAAUGCGCUGGAUGAGAUUUUGCAUGUUUUUAAUAAGGUUCAGCGAAAGUGGAUCUACUUGGAACCGGUUCUCGGUCGUGGAGCUUUGCCGUCGGAGAGCGAACGAUUUUCGAGGGUUGACAGAGACUUUCGAAAAUUUGUGAAUUCGACAUAUGGUGGUGGAAAGAGCGCGCGCCCGGUGAAUAGUUUGGUGGUAGAAUAUCGUGAAAAGACGAAAUUGUCGGAGUUGACGGCGAUGAUGGAACAGCUUGGGAGGUGCCAGAAGAAUCUGAUUGAGUAUCUCGAACAGAAAAGGGUGGCCUGUCCGAGAUUGUAUUUUAUUGGUGAUGAAGAUCUGCUUGAAAUUUUAGGGCGCAGUGAAGAGGUUGAGGUUGUUCAAACACAUUUAAGGAAUUUAUUCGGUGGAGUUCAUCGGGUUGAAAUUGGGGAGGAAAAGAGAAUAACUGCGAUGGUCAGUGUUAUGGGGGAGGUGGUGAAUUUGGAGGAGUCGAUAUCGAUCACGCGAUCGAUUGAGGAUUGGCUGAAAGAAUUGGACCGGGGGAUGGUAGAAACGCUGAAAAAAUUGGUAAUGCGGUGUGGAAAAAAUGGAAAAUUUUCUGAUUUUCCGGGCCAAAUUUUGUCCCUUGAGGGCGCGAUAAAAUUUACGAAGGAAAUUGAGGAGUCGUUUGAGAGGGCGGAAUCGAUCAAAGAUAUUCAUCAGAAGUUGAUGGGGCGACUGGGGGAGCUGACGAAAAUGCAAAAAGAUGCAGACGAUCUUAGCGGAGCGAAGCUGGAAAAUGUGAUUAUGGAUAUUAUUCAUAAUGCGGCGGUUGUGGAGGAGUUGGUGGAGAAGAGGGUUGGUGAUAAGGAGGAUUGGGGAUGGUUCAAGCAGCUAAGAUUCUAUUCAACCCAGGGUGGAAGAGGAGGGGACGUUUAUGUGAAGAUGCUUGCAUGUCGUCAGGAAUACUCCUUUGAAUAUCAAGGAAAUAUUCCGAAAUUGGUGCACACGCCCCUGACUGACAAGUGCUUUAUGACGUUGAUGCACGGCUUGCAUCUGGGCCAUGGAGGGAAUCCUUAUGGACCUGCGGGGACUGGGAAGACUGAAUCGGUGAAGGCGCUUGGAGGCUGGUUGGGUCGGCAAGUUUUGGUAUUUAAUUGUGAUGAAGGAAUUGACUAUAAAAGUAUGGGGAGAAUAUUUAUCGGGUUGGUGAGAUGUGGGGCGUGGGGAUGCUUUGAUGAGUUUAAUAGAUUGUUGGAAGAGCAGAUGUCGACGAUAUCUCAACAGAUAGAAGUUAUACAGUCCGCUAUAAAGGGGAAGUUGCCUAUGGUGGACCUGCUUGGCAUGAAUGUCCAAGUCAACCACCAGGCUGGUAUCUUCGUAACGAUGAACCCUGCGGGUAAGGGGUAUGGGGGGCGGCAGAAACUACCGGACAACCUCCGACAGCUCUUCCGACCGGUGGCUAUGUUGGUUCCUGACAACGACAUGAUUGCGGAGGUUAUUUUAUUCUCCCAAGGCUUCCGCUCGGCUAAAAUGCUAUCUGGGAGAGUCGUAUCGCUGUUUAUGCUGAGCUCGCAGUUGUUGUCAUCACAGCAACACUACGAUUGGGGCCUUCGAGCGUUGAAGAGUGUGUUGAUGCACGCGGGGAGGCUGUUGGCUCGUGAGGGAGCGGUGAGGAAUGAGGAGGAAAUUUUGGUGACAGCGACGCGGUCGAGUGUGUUGGCAAAGUUGUCGGAGGAAGAUUCGGUUCAGUUUGAGGCCCUUUUGAAGGAUAUUUUCCCCGGUGUUGAAACUGCCGAAGUCGAUCAUGGGGAAGUUGAGAAGUGUGUGAGAGAUGGUAUUAGGGAGGAGCAGAUGAGCGUUGAGGAAAAGCAAGUGAGCAAGAUUUUGCAGUUGUAUGAGGCGUGUAAGCAGCGAAUUGGUGUGAGCGUAGUCGGGCCUAGUGGGAGUGGGAAGACGGUGAUUUGGAGGAGUUUGGCUGAGGGUUUGAGGAGAAGCAGUGGGAGGAGCGUACGCGUGCAGGUUGUUAACCCGAAGAGCAUCUCGAAGGGACAUCUGUUGGGGAGGAUGGAUGGUGACACGCGAGAAUGGAAGGAUGGGGUAUUGACGGCGGCUUCGAGGAGGGUGAGCAAGGAACCGUUGGAGACGAUGUGUUGGAUUGUAUGUGAUGGUGAUAUUGAUCCUGAGUGGAUUGAAUCGUUGAAUUCGGUUUUGGAUGAUAAUCGUCUGUUGACACUUCCGAACGGCGAGAGAAUACGAUUUAAUGAUAAUGUAAACUUCAUAUUCGAAACGGAUACUCUCUCAUACGCAUCUCCAGCGACGGUUUCUCGACUGGGUAUGGUGUAUCUGCCUGCCAGUGGGGGAGUCCGAGUGGAGGCGAUAGUGGAGAGGUGGAUGAAGGGACAGGUUGGAGUGUCGGCUACGAUGCUUCAGGAUUGGUGCGAGUCGAUCUUGUAUAGGUGUCUCGAAUGGGUGGAGCAAAAUGUGUCGUUGGGAAGGGAUGUGGGGGUUGAAACUACUACGAUUGGCUUGGUGAGGAAUGUGCUGUGUCACGUGGAUGCUGCUAUUGAAGAUGGGCUUAAAAAGGAAACAUUCUUGCUGGCUGUGGUACGUGGACUUGGAGGUUGUAUCAAUAAUCCGAAGCAGUCGCGUCAGCUCUACAGGUUUGCUUUUGAGUGCGCCAAAGAGAUCCUCCCGGAUGAGGCCGACCCGCAGAAUUGCGUGUGGGGCGAUGAAGAGGGACGGCUGAUAAGAUACAAAAGCAUGUUGGAUGAGGUUCCUGCAUGGACGACGACGAUACCGCUGGUCCAAACACCACAAGUGAUGAUGAUGUUGGACCUUUUCCAACCGAUACUGCGCAGUGGCAAGCACUUCAUCCUUGCUGGUCCUGAGGGCUCGGGGAAAAGGCUGUUGAUUCGACAUGCUUUGUCGGAAUUGAGAGAUGAAAUUAAUUUCCGGAGUGUGUCAAUGGCGUGCAGUGGCGGGACGGCGGCUAGGGAUGUGGUGAUGAAGUUGAAGAAUCUUUGUCAAGUCGGGACGAGUGUUAAGGGAAGAGCAUAUAGGCCGAGAGAAGGCCAGCGUGUGGUAGUGCAAAUAGAGGAUGUGAAUCUACCCAAGCCGGAUCGUUAUGGUACGAUCCAAUUGGUGGCGGCGUUACAGGGGAUGGUUUCUCAUGGAACAUUUAAUGACGCUGAUUUGGAGGAAGCCUCGUUGGAGAAAAUACAAUUCAUCGCCACUAUGGCGCCUUCGACUGCUCUUGGCAGGCAUGCGAUCUCGAAAAGGUUCACCUCAGCGGUGUGCCAGGCAUGGAUCAGCCCUCCGAACCAAGCGGACUUGAGAAAUAUUUUUUGUAGUUUGAUGAGAUCAGUUGAGGACAGUGAAGUGAUGGUUGCUGUUACCACCGCUAUGGUUGACGUGUAUGAGCAGAUCUCGAUUAACUUUGGACCGGAAAUGUACACUCAUUAUGUAUUCAAUCCUAGAGAUGUUAGUGAGUGGUUACAAGGAUUGCUGAGAUACGAGCUGGACUGUGGGGAGGAUGCGACGACGAAGGUUGUGGUGGUGGAGGCAUGGGGUUAUGAAAGUAGACGGAUUUUUCGCGACCGGUUGGUUGGGCCGAAGCACCGAGCGAAAUUCGAUGCGAUUUUACGACAAGUUGCGGAGGAACGCCUGGGUGGGUUGAUUCGGGUUGAAGAUUUCUCAUUUGAUUACAAAGAAGAGGGUAAAUGGUCGUCGAUGGUGAGGAAAGGAGAGGAAGGGCGAGGCAUGUUGGCUCGAUUGUCUAAGGACGAUUACAAGGAUAUGAUUUCGACUUGCAUUGCGACCUACGAAAGAGAUGUUGGGCCUGUGGGUAUUACUCUGGUGGAAGAGGUGUUGGAGAAUCUCGCUUGUCUUGAUCGAGCAUUAGGGAGUGGUGAUGUGGGAUCGGGAUGUGCAUGCGUGCUAAUGAUUGGACGAUCGGGGGGCGGUAGAAGAGAUAGUGUAUCGCUGAUGGCUGACGCAUUGGGAUAUGAGGUGAUGUCGCUGACGCCCGUCGGAGUGGAUAAACGAGCGUGUUUGAAAGGCUUGAAAACGGCGGUAGUAAAAGCGGGCGGAGCGGAGGGAAAGAAAAUAAUAAUUUUUGUCGAAGAUUACCAAGUUGUGGGACCAUGUAGGGAAUUUUUCGCGGUAGUGAAUUCGUUGGUGGCGAAUGGUGACACGGAGGAGUUGAUUUUUGGGGAGGAGAGGGAAAUGGUGUACUCACAAAUAAAGGAGGAUUAUCAGAUUGAGAUGCGCCCGGGCGAGAGCAUUCAGGAGUAUCUUUCUCGACGCACGCGGAAGAAUUUGAAGUUGGUAUUGUCAUUGGAUCCGACCCAUCCUCAUUUCCAUAAUGUUACGUCGAUGAACCCGGGCUUAUUCACGCGGUCUAUGGUGUUGUGGAACUGGACGAGUUGGAGCCGCAAGACGUCUUUGGUGGUAACUUCGAGAAAUCUGAGAAAUAUUCUGGAGGAGAACGGGCGGCCUAUGGUCUCCUAUCACAAGGCACUUUGUGAGGUUGCGGUUGAUAUUCACGAGAUGCUGAACUGUUGCCCAAAAUAUCUCUCGACGCUGUUGAAGUUGUGGACGGCUGUAUUUAAAAACAAUUCGGAGAAAAUAGGGAAGGAAAAGGAAAGAUUAACUCGGGGGUUGGCGAAAUUGAAAGAUAUGCAUCAAACGGUUGAUCGAUUGACCAAGGAAGCCCGGGUGAAGGGGGAGGAGUUGACGAGGAAAGAAAAAAUGGCGAAUGAGGCUUUGGAGGGAAUUGAGAAAGGCUUGGAGGAAGCUGCGAAGUAUAAAGCUGAAGUGGCGAUUUUGGGAGAGAAAACUAAAAAUGAGGAAAUGAAUUCGAAAAGGAAGCACGCGACGAUAGAGGAGGAGUUGGCGGGAAUACGACCGGUGUUGGAGGAAGCGCGCAGGGCGGUCGGGUCGAUCAAACAGGAUAACUUGAAUGAAAUUAGAGCGUUGAAAAUGCCUCCGGAAGCGAUACAUGACGUACUUUAUGGGGUGUUGAUUUUAAUGGGAAGCGCAGAUGAGAGUUGGAAUGCGAUGAGGAAAUUCUUGUCGGGGUCAGGGGUGAUUCAGAAGGUGUUGAAUUUUGACGCGAGGAAGGUAUCGGAGAAAACGCGGGGGGAGGUGGAGAAGUUAUUGGAAAGUAGAGGGAGGUCUUUUGAGGAUGCAGUGAUUAGAAGGGCGAGUUUGGCUGCGGCACCCUUGGCGCUCUGGGUUAAAGCGAUUGUUAGAUAUUCUCGAGUGAUGGAGAAGGUGGCUCCGAUGGAAGCACAACUGCACGAAGCUGAGGAGGAUCUGCAUGCGGCUCGGUUGCGGUUACAUCAAUGCGAAGAGGAAAGGGAAAAGAUAUCAGCAAAAGUGAAAGAAAUGCAGAAGGAAUUCGCGGCUAGAACAGGAGAAGCGGAAGCACUUCGUAACGGAGUUGAGCAGGCUAGAGGGACGCUGGCUAAAGCGGUGGGGCUUUUGGAGGGUUUGGGGGACGAGAAGAAGCGAUGGGAGGGAGAAUCUGAUAGAAUUACCGUUAAAACGGAAUGCCUACCGGUGGAGAGUAUGCUCGCAGCUGCGUAUACGGUCCAUCUUGGAGGGCUUGGGGACGAUGAGCGAGGGGAGUAUCUCUCGGAUUGGGAAGCGAAACUCACGGCGAAGUCGAUACAAAUUGAAAGGUUUUCUUUUAUUGGAUUUAUGGCGAAUGAUGGGGAAAUGCUGAAGUUGAAAGGACAAGACUCGAAGCGACGAGUUGUCGGGGAGAAUGCGAUGAUGAUAUUAAAGAACUAUAAAGUUGCUGUACCCUUGGUGACCGAUCCGACAGAAAAAGCGGAAAUUUGGUUAAAACGAAAUUUAAAAGAAAACGGAGUGGCUUUGACGGAAGCUGUUGAUGAUGGGAAUUUGGGGUUCUUGCACGCACUUGAACUUUCUUUGCGAUUUGGGAAGACAAUUUUGGUGAAUUUGAGCGAGGCGAAGAUUCAUCCAAUUUUAUUCCCGGUUCUGCGAGGGGAUUGCCGCUGUAUUGGUUCGAGGAAAGUGGUGUAUUUAGCGGAGCGAAGUGUGGAUUAUUCUGAAGAUUUUUGCAUUUUCCUCACGAGUCGGGAUCCGGCGAUUUUGAAGUUACUUCCUCCUGAUAUGAGGAGCCUUGUGAUUGGGGUGAACUUCAGCGUAACUCGACAAGGGCUGGUUCGGCAACUACUGGGUAUAGUGUUAAAGCAUGAUCGUCCAGAGAUUGAGAAAAGGAAGAAUGAGUUGCUUGCGGAGGAGGCAGGCCUCAAGACCCGACUUGCUGACCUGGAGAAUGAACUCUUGGAACAGCUGGGUAUAGUAGAAGGGGAUAUUUUGGAAAAUGCGAAGCUGGUUGAGAGUUUGGGGAGAACUGGGGCUAGUGCGAGAAGCGUUGCUGAGAGUCUACAAGAGAGCGCACGAUUGCAGGAUGCCAUUGAUGAGCAACGGGCGGUCUUCCGGCGGAUCGCGGUGGAAGGGUCGGAGUUUUUCAUGCUCAUGUCGGAUAUGAAGAAGAUCGGCCCUAUGUAUCGCUUUUCUCUUAAUGAGUUCAUUGAGAUUUUCGAGGCUUCUCUGGGUGAUACGAAGUCGGCCCAGAUGGACGACGAUGUGGAAGGCCGCGUGGAGGAGAUCUCGACUCGAUUGAAAGGAAAGGUGUUGGAGUAUGUUGGGAGAACAUUGUUCAAGCGCGAUAGGCUGAUGUUUGCGGUGAUGAUGGCGAGAAGUGUGGUAGGGGGAGCGAUGAAGGAGGAGGAGUGGGAGUUGUUCAUGGGGAAUUUUGUGGCGCGUGACGGAAUUCCUCCGCUGGGAGAAGGGCAUCUGGCGUGGUGUCCAGUGGAAAGGAAGGUCCAAUUGGCUAAGUUGUUUGUCGCUUCACCGGACUUGAACGCCAAAGCAGAGAUGGACAAGUCGAGUUUAUGGCAGGAGUGGAUGCAGGAGGAUGCGUGUGAAGAGAAGUUCCCUCAAGCGAUUGCAUUGAAGUUGACGUCAUUCCAGAAGGUCCUCAUCGUCCAGGCGCUUCGACCAGACCGACUCGAGUCUGCCUUGACGAGGUUCACCAUUGAAGUUUUAACUGUAUCUUCGGUAUCUCCUUCCACCGCAUCCCUUCAAAGCCUCUCCGAAGCUCCGCAUCAUUCAGGAGGUGCUCUACCGGUCCUUUUCAUCGUCACCCCGGGAGCUGAUCCGACACGGGAGUUGACGGAGCAUGCGGCUGCUACUGGUUCUCUUCGAAGGCACAAGUUGGUGUCGAUGGCGAUUGGUGGUGGCAAUGAAGGAGAGGCUUUAGAGCUGCUUAGACGAGGGAUGGCUGAGGGUUAUUGGGUGCUCAUCGUGAAUCUGCACUUGGCUCUUGCUUGGGCGGGGAGAAUCGAAGUUGAGCUCCGCAGUGGUGAUCCUCAUAGGAACUUCAGAUGCUGGCUUACUACAGAGCCUCGAGACGACUUCCCGCGAAUGUUAUUGGAAUCGUCUCUGAAGGUUGCAUUUGAAUUUCCUCCGGGGGUACGCGAUAAUGUGAAGCGAAUCUGCGAGAGUUGGGACGCUCGGUGGUUCGAGGCGGGCAACAUCCAGCGAUCUCAAAUUCUUUUCCUCUGUGCAUGGUUUCACGCUAUAGUUCAGGAAAGGGCCUCCUUCCUUCCGCAGGGGUGGACAAAAGACUAUGAAUUCUCCACAGGUGAUUUGAAGAGCGCUUGCGAGACGGUACUGCAAGUUGUGAAGGAAGAUGGCAGUGGUGCGCGAUGA